UCAGAGGUGAGGGAUGCGAGGCAGGCGCGGACCUUCGUGAAUAAACUGUCGCGGGCUGUGCCCCGGCGCGUUGAGUUGGAAGAACCGGGGUAGAUGACGGUUUAGGACACCAAGAGAGAGCUUGCAUCUUAAGCCAAGAUGUCAGGGAUUGGAAAUAAAAGGGCAGCAGGAGAGCCUGGCACAUCCGUUCCUCCGGAAAAGAAAGCAGCUGUUGAAGAUUCUGGGACCACAGUGGAAACAAUCAAGCUAGGGGGUGUUUCUUCAACGGAGGAGUUAGAUAUCCGAACACUGCAAACCAAAAACCGCAAGCUCGCAGAAAUGCUGGAUCAGCGCCAGGCAAUUGAGGAUGAACUGCGUGAGCACAUCGAGAAACUGGAACGGCGACAGGCCACAGAUGACGCCUCCCUGUUGAUUGUCAACCGGUACUGGAGUCAGUUUGAUGAAAACAUCCGUAUCAUCCUUAAACGUUAUGAUCUGGAGCAGGGCUUGGGAGAUCUACUCACAGAAAGGAAAGCGCUUGUUGUGCCUGAACCAGAACCCGACUCAGAUAGCAACCAAGAACGCAAAGAUGACCGAGAGAGAGGGGAGGGGCAAGAGCCGGCUUUCUCUUUCCUUGCUACCUUGGCCAGCAGUUCCAGUGAAGAGAUGGAAUCUCAGCUGCAGGAGCGCGUGGAGUCCUCUCGCAGAGCUGUGUCCCAGAUUGUGACUGUUUAUGAUAAACUGCAAGAAAGGGUGGACUUCUUAUCCCGGAAACUGAACAGUGGAGAUAGUCUGAUAGUGGAGGAAGCAGUACAGGAGCUGAAUUCCUUCCUUACACAAGAGAAUAUGAGGCUACAGGAAUUGACAGACUUGCUUCAGGAGAAGCAUCAUACCAUGUCUCAAGAGUUCUCCAAGUUGCAGAGUAAGGUGGAGACAGCAGAGUCACGAGUAUCUGUCUUGGAGUCCAUGAUUGAUGAUUUGCAGUGGGAUAUUGACAAAAUUAGAAAAAGAGAACAGCGACUCAACCGACACUUAGCAGAAGUUCUAGAACGGGUGAAUUCAAAAGGUUACAAGGUAUAUGGAGCAGGGAGCAGUCUGUAUGGUGGCACAAUCACAAUCAAUGCCCGGAAGUUUGAGGAAAUGAAUGCAGAGCUUGAGGAGAACAAAGAGUUGGCUCAGAACCGACACUGUGAACUGGAGAAACUUCGGCAAGACUUUGAGGAGGUCACUUCACAGAAUGAAAAGCUGAAGGUGGAGCUGCGGAGCGCAGUGGAGGAGGUGGUUAAGGAAACCCCCGAGUAUCGCUGCAUGCAGUCCCAGUUCUCAGUCCUGUACAACGAGAGCCUGCAGCUGAAAGCACACCUGGAUGAGGCACACACCCUGCUUCAUGGCACCAGGGGCACCCACCAGCGCCAGGUGGAGCUCAUUGAGCGAGAUGAAGUUAGUCUUCAUAAGAAGCUGAGGACUGAGGUGAUUCAGCUGGAAGACACGCUGGCCCAGGUCCGCAAGGAGUACGAGAUGCUGAGGAUAGAAUUUGAGCAGACCCUUGCUGCCAAUGAGCAAGCAGGCCCUAUCAACCGGGAGAUGCGCCAUCUCAUAAGUAGCCUCCAGAAUCACAAUCACCAGCUGAAAGGGGAGGUCCUGAGGUAUAAGCGGAAGCUGAGAGAAGCCCAAUCCGACCUGAACAAGACUCGUCUGCGUAGCGGCAGUGCCCUUCUGCAGUCGCAGUCUAGCACCGAGGAUGCUAAGGAUGAACCCUCAGAGCUGAAGCAGGAUUCUGAGGACUUAUCCGUCCAGUCUUCAGCGUCGAAGUCAUCUCAGGAGGAUGGCAGUGAAGUCAAAUCCAAACGAGAUGAAGAAGAGCGUGAACGAGAAAGGAGGGAAAAAGAAAGGGAGCGAGAAAGAGAACGAGAAAAGGAAAAGGAGAGAGAACGAGAGAAGCAGAAACUGAAAGAGUCAGAAAAAGAAAGAGAUCCUGUGAAGGACAAAGAGAAGGGGAAACAUGAUGAUGGAAGGAAAAAAGAAGCAGAAAUCAUUAAACAACUGAAAAUAGAACUGAAAAAGGCACAAGAGAGCCAGAAGGAGAUGAAGCUCUUGCUAGAUAUGUACCGCUCUGCCCCAAAGGAACAGAGGGACAAAGUCCAGUUAAUGGCAGCUGAAAAGAAGUCUAAGGCAGAGUUGGAAGAUCUAAGGCAAAGACUCAAGGAUCUAGAGGAUAAGGAGAAAAAAGAGAACAGGAAAAUGGCUGAUGAGGAGGCGUUGAGGAAGAUCCGGGCAGUGGAGGAGCAGAUAGAGUACCUGCAGAAGAAGCUGGCCAUGGCCAAGCAGGAGGAAGAAGCUCUCCUUUCUGAGAUGGAUGUCACAGGCCAAGCAUUUGAAGACAUGCAGGAACAGAAUAUCCGUCUGAUGCAGCAGUUGUGAGAAAAAGAUGAUGCAAAUUUUAAGCUCAUGUCAGAGCGAAUCAAAUCAAAUCAGAUCCAUAAGUUGCUCAAAGAAGAGAAAGAGGAGCUGGCAGAUCAAGUUUUGACUCUGAAGACUCAGGUGGAUGCCCAGUUACAGGUAGUAAGGAAACUGGAAGAGAAGGAGCAUCUGUUGCAGAGCAAUAUCGGCACAGGAGAGAAGGAGCUGGGCCUUCGGACCCAGGCUUUGGAGAUGAAUAAGCGCAAGGCAAUGGAGGCAGCCCAGCUUGCAGAUGACCUCAAAGCACAGCUGGAAUUGGCUCAGAAGAAGCUACAUGAUUUCCAGGACGAGAUUGUGGAGAACAGUGUCACUAAAGAAAAGGACAUGUUUAAUUUCAAACGAGCUCAAGAGGACAUCUCUAGACUUCGAAGGAAGCUGGAAACUACAAAGAAGCCAGACAAUGUACCCAAAUGUGAUGAGAUUCUGAUGGAGGAGAUUAAGGAUUACAAGGCACGUUUGACCUGUCCAUGCUGCAACAUGCGUAAAAAGGAUGCUGUGCUUACCAAGUGUUUUCAUGUUUUUUGUUUUGAAUGUGUGAAGACACGCUAUGACACCCGUCAGCGUAAAUGUCCCAAAUGUAAUGCUGCUUUUGGUGCCAAUGAUUUCCACCGCAUAUACAUUGGUUGAUCCAGUUUAAGAGAAGAGGGGCCAGUUAGGCACUUCCCCGUUAACUUCCAGACCUCUACCUCUUCUCUGGAUUCCCUGUCCUCCUCAGACUUCACAUCCAGGUUCUCCUCUCUAGUUGCUGGGUGACUUCAGGGGAAGGGACUGGUUAAUGUAAGACUGGGUUUUAGAAUGAAUUAGAAAAAAGCCCCUCAUAUUUAUCUUUUCUACCAGCUUUGUUUAUUUGCUUUGAGACUAAACUUUUUUUGUUUGGGUCCAUUGUAUUAUCUGGGAUUGUCCACACCUGAGAAACUAAGUUGGUAUUUUUGACAUAGAGAAGGGAACAAAAACAGCGGCUUAUUUUGAGGAAAUGACCUGGUGGAAAUACACUGUCCAUGGGUAUAGACUUGUUGAUUUAUGUAGUAAAAUUUUUCUAAACUUGGUUUAUAAAA